AGCCUUCUGUUGAAUGUCCGGGUCAAUUUUGAUCAGUACCUUCAAAUCUUGCUUUCAUUAGAUUUAUCUGUAGAGCUGAAGGUGUUCUGUUUGUUGAUAGCAUUGUUAGUCAUUGAUUUUGUUUCCACAUGAGAAGUAAUAUAUGGCGUCUUUUCUCCGAGUCAUCGUUCUGUCAUGGGCUUUUACCGUUGCGUGGUUUACCCUCUGGAUGUUGAUGCUAUACUUGACGAACGAGAUGAAGCUAAAGUUCACAGACGCAGCUGCGAUUGUAAAUGUGUUUGCUGGUGUAUCAGCUAUUGGUCAUCUUGGCAUGCAAUUUCUUGUUGAUGCAUUUAUUGGUCACUUUUGGAUGCUCUGUCUCUCUACUUUAGCAUUCAGUUUCGGUUUCGGGUUCUUGGCAAUAUCAGCGUCACCAAUACUUUCAGGCAAUGGACAAAAGGGCCUGUUCUACGUAGCGCUAACGGUUAUAUCCGUUGGUAUAUUUGGACGGUCUAUCUCUUUGGGAGUAUUUACAGAAGACCAACUAGAAGACGGUAGGAACAAGGGAAACCCCGCCAAGCUCGUUAGCUUUGUCAUUGGAAAUGUGGGGAAUUUUGUGUUCUUGUUACUUGCUGCUAUUGCAAUGCCUCAGAUAAGUCCGUGGUUUGUUAGGUUCACGAUCCCCUCGGGCUGUGAGGUAUUAGCAAUGCUGAUUUUUAUUUCCGGUGCGUGUUCAUACAAACGGGUUAAACCAGGUGGGAGCCCUUUGACAACGGUUUUCCGGGUCUUUAUGGCUUCUGCUUCCAAAAUGUCUUGUGCAUACUCGAACAACUCAAGCCAGCUCUAUGAAAAAGCUGAGUGUGAUCAAGAUAUUAAGCCCCACACAAGCAGCUUAAGGUAUCUAGAUAGAGCUGCAAUGAUACUCCAAACAGAGUCUUUGGAACAACAGAGGAAAAACAGAUGGAAGCUUUGUCGGGUGACAGAAGUGGAGCAAACGAAAAGCGUCAUACGCACGGUUCCUUUGUUUGCGACAUCUCUCAUUUCGGGGAUUGUCUUCUCUCUUGGUAAUACUUUCUUCCUUGAACAAGCAAACCAUAUGGACUCCAAGUUCGGAUCAUGGAACCUUCCUCUCCCACUCCUCUUACUCUUUAGUGAAGCUGCAAGGCUAGGAUCCCGAGAACUAUGUGUCAUGGCUGCAAAACGCCAUGCCAUUGACUUCCCUGAAUCACCUAAACAAACCAAAACGCCUUAUGGUAUACCAGUCUCCAUCAUCCUAUCGAUAUUUUGCUGCUCCAUCGCUGCACAUGUUGAGUCUAGGAGGCUCAAAGUAGUUAGUACUCAAGGUUUACUACAUGAAACUGUCCCCAUGAGUGUAUUCUGGCUGCUCCCACAGUACAUUCUACUCGGUUCAAUCACAGGAAUCUACGAAAACAGCUUUGCGCUUUACCUAGAAGAAACGGUGCCUGAAGAGUUGAGCCAAUACAUGGUUCUAUUAAACGUGGGAGUGUGCGGGGUCGGGAUCAUGAGCAACAUUGCUCUUGUUAGUUUGGUGGGCAGUGUAAGCGGAGGCAAAUGGUUUCAAGACACAAUAAACAAGAGCCGGGUGGAUAACUAUUAUUGGGUUAUAACAGUGUUUUGCAUGUUCAAUCUCUUGUUAUAUUUCAUUGUAACCUAUAGGUACACAGUGUGUAACAAGAAAGAUGGUGCAACACAAGAAAAUGAUCGAAGGAUAAUCGCUUCUGUGUAGUACUUGUGUUGUGUGCCCAAUGUUUCAAUUAUACAUGUAUGAGGUUAGAUGAG